GUUGAGGAAAGCUAAGUUAUUACAACGUUCAAGAUGAAAUCUGCAAUCUUUUUAUUCUUCGUCGCCUCACUUCUUCUGUUGGGAGUCAACCAUUGUGCAGGCGACCAAGUCGAUGAUAAACUGGAUGCGAAAAAAAGCAUUUUGCAUGGCGAUGAUGAGGUCGCGGCCAAGAAAAGCAUUUUGGAUGGUUUUCGAUAUAUGAUCAAUUCCGGUGCCCUCAACGAAGAUCCAGAAGAAGCUAUUAAGAAUCGCGAAGUUAAAAGUUUUAUCGAACUUCGUGAUGAAGCCAUCGCAAUUUUGAAAGAAUACAUAGCUACUAAGGAUGUAGAAUUGCUGGAACAUCAACAAAAAAAUCCAAUGCUUUUGAAAGUAUCAAAGAAGGCUCUUCAAAUCCUUGAAGCACAUAGAGAUGGCACGUUGGAAGCUCCACAAGCUGUAGAAGCCGCCCCUCAAACGGCCGAGUCAGUUGGAUCGACACAAGCGUAAAUCUUAUUUAUGACUGAUUUUGCUGCAACAAAUGGCUCAAGUACACUUGAGCUCACGUAGUACACCAAUGAAAUAAAAUUGUAUGACACUUAUCUUUGAAAAUAAAAUAU